AAUAGGUAAGGAACUAAGGACGUAUAUUUUCCCCUCUUUUUCUUCUUCCCCAGCCCGAUAUCCUAGGACCCCUUGCCGCCCCUUCCCACGUCUGUCUCUAUCACACAAAGUGCCCCAAGCCGCAUCGUUAUUGCCCCACGUCUGUGCUAAGGCCUCUCUGUCUCUCUCUCUGGCUGAUCUCUAUUUGCAACACAUAACCCACAAAUCUGGUUGAUUGGUCCCUCACUUUCACUCCGAUAGAGAUUUUCUCUGGCCCACAACAGCACGCCGCAAGAAGAAGAUGGAUAAAAGUUGGAUGCAUCUCACCGAUAGAUUUAGGUCAAGGGAAUAUGGCAAAGGGGUCAGGCAGUUUCUCACAAUGGCUCGAGCUCAUGCCCUCGGAAACAACAGUGUGAAGUGUCCGUGCCGUAGAUGUCGUAAUAAUUUGUUCCUACAUAUAAGGGAGGUAGAAGAGCAUUUAUUUAUUACGGGCAUAGAUCCAACUUACACUUAUUGGAUAUUUCAUGGGGAGCAAGAACCAAUGAACAUUGGUUGUAUGGAUGAAGAUGGGCCUGAUAAUCUUGAUGAUAGUUAUGUCGAUGACAUCGACGAUAUGUUGGGUGACAUUCAUGCGGCAACCACUGUUGGAGUUGAUGAAGACACAACUCCACAUACUAUGUGGACCAGCACAGUUGAACCCGAACCAACCACUUUUGAGAAGCUUUUGGAAGAUGCUCGGCGUCCACUUUACAAUGGUUGCACAACAUUUUCUAAACUAUCCUUCACUGUGAAGUUGCUUCACAUCAAAACAAUUGGUGGGUGGAGUGUAAAGUCCUUUGACAUGCUACUUCAACUAUUGAAAACAGCUUUUCCCGAAGUUGAGUUGCCAGACUCUUUCCAUGAUGCACGAUCAUUGGAGCGCGGGUUGGGAUUUAGAUACAUUAAAAUUCAUGUAUGCCCAAAUGACUGCAUACUAUUUUACAAGGAACAUAGUAACAAGCAAGAGUGCCCUAAGUGUAAAGCAUCUAGGUGGUUGUCCACUACAACUUCUAAACGACCAAUACCCCAAAAGGUAGUGCGGUAUUUUCCACUAAAGUCAAGGUUGCAGAGACUUUUUAUGUCCAAGAAAACUGCAGUAUCCAUGAGGUGGCAUCAAUCAGAAAGGGUACACAAUGAUGAAACUUUGCGACAUCCUGUAGACUCUGAGGUGUGGACCACAUUUGACAGAGAGCAUUGUUGGUUUGCUGAAGAUGCUCGUAAUGUGAGGCUCGGUCUUGCUAGCGAUGGAUUUAACCCAUUUAAUAAUAUGAGCAAACCAUACAGCAUAUGGCCAGUGAUUCUAGUUCCAUAUAACUUGCCCUCAUGGUUAUGUAUGAAAGAUUCGUUCUUCAUGUUGUCUACACUAAUUCCUGGGCCUAAAUCUCCUGGCAAUGAAAUUGAUGUUUACUUACGGCCUUUAGUUGAUGAACUAGUUGAUUUGUGGGAAAAUGGUGUUGAUACGUAUGAUGCCAUGGUUGGAGAAAGAUUUCAAUUACAUGCAGCGUUAUUGUGGACAAUUAAUGAUUUUCCCGCAUACGGUAACCUUUCUGGGUGGAGCACUAAAGGAAAGUUAGCAUGCCCAACUUGCAAUCUGGAUACAGAGUCACAUUGACUGAGGCAUGGGCGAAAACAUUGUUACAUGGGUCAUCGUCGCUUCCUACCUGUAGAUCACAUCUGGAGAACUAAGAAGAAUACUUUUAGUGGCAAAGAAGAUCUCCGGAUGCCACCUAUGCAGCUUUUGGGAGAAGAUAUAGUGCACCAAUUAGAUAACAUUGGUCAUGUAGAUUUUGGCAAGGCGAGGAAGAGAAGGAAACGCACCCCUGAGGAGUUAAAUUGGACCAAACGAAGUAUCUUCUUUGAUCUACCUUAUUGGGCAUCUUUGAAACUUAGACAUAAUUUAGACGUGAUGCACAUCGAAAAAAAUAUUUGUGACAAUGUGUUAGGUACUUUGAUGAAUAUUCCAGGUAAAACAAAAGAUGGUAUCAAGGCCCGACGAGACUUGGCCGAACUUGGUAUAAGAAAAGAGUUACAUUUGAGAGAAAAUGGUGAUUGAGUGAUAAUCCCUCAUGCCUUUUUCAUGUUCCAUGGAGAUGAGAGAAAAGAGUUUUGUGCAUGGCUGAAGACUAUAAAAUUUCCUGAUGGUUUUGCAUCUAAUAUAGCUAGAUGUAUUAAUGUUAAUGACUGUAAAAUUUCUGGUAUGAAAAGUCAUGAUGCCCACAUAUUCAUGCAAAGGCUACUGCCAGCUGCAAUCGGAGGGUACUUAAGACAUGAUAUUCGCUUGCCAUUGAUGGAACUUAGUACAUUUUUUAGGGAAUUAUGUGCACGAACAUGUAAGAAAGAAGUAGUGAAACGUCUUGAGACAGACAUUGUCCUCAUUCUUUGCAAGUUGGAAAUGAUAUUUCCACCAAACUUUUUUGACGUAAUGGUCCACCUAGCUAUCCAUUUGCCCCGAGAGUUGUUACUUGCAGGACCAGUUCAAUAUAGAUGGAUGUAUCCAUUCGAGAGGUAUUUGGGCAAAUUUAAGCGGUACGUGAAAAACAAAGCUCGCCCAGAAGGAUCUAUUGCAGAGGCAUAUAUACAUGAAGAAUGUUUAACAUUCUCAUCGAUGUAUCUACAUGAUGUACCAACUAGGUUCACUCGAGAGGAUCGAAAUAUUGAUGUGGGUGUGCAAACAUCUGAGAGCUCAAUGUUUGAUAUUUUUAAUCAGAAAGUGCGGGCACUAGGUAAUUCAACCCCUAUCCACUUAGAGAAGAAGCUAUUUAAAACUGCCAGAUGGUAGGCCCUCAAUAAUUGCACUGAGAUUGUCCAGUAUUUGGAGUAAGCAUCUGACAUUAACACAGCUCGUUAGAUAUACAGUUUGGAGGUACCAUUCACCAUCUUCGCACUUUGCGCUGCAUGCUAAAACAUUUUAUUACUUAUUGCAGGGAGCACUAUAACAUCUUGAAGGAGUUGAGCACAUCUAACAUUGAACGGAGGCACGAAGCUGAGUUUCCAUCAUGGUUUAGGAAACAUAUUCAAGCACUACGUGCUUUGGAUCCACAAAGUGUAUCUAAUGAUCUUUAUGCAAUUGCUUGUGGACCAGACCCUUGGGUGGGUUCAUAUUCUGGGUGUAUAAUGAACGGUAUACGGUUUCAUACACGAGGCCGGGAAAUGAACCGUAGGACACAAAAUAGUGGUGUAUUAGUUACAAGUGAACACCAAUCCUUUAUGGUUGACUUCUAUGAGGUUCUUAAUGAUAUCUUAGAGGUGCGGUACAUGGGAUGGCGACAAGUUUGGUUAUUUUCCUGUGAUUGGUUUGAUGUUGGCGAUACGAUUCGAGGUAUCAAGAUCGGUGACCAUGUGACAAGUGUCAAUAUGUCUAGGCGUUGGUAUAAGGAUGAGCCGUUCGUGUUGGCAUGCCAAGCUUCGCAAGUAUUUUACCUCAAAGACACUUCAUUAUCUGCCUCUUGGCACGUCAUGCAAAAGAUAACAUAUAGGAAUGUCUAUGAUGUCCAACCAUGACACUUAGAUGAUGAAGGGGAUGAUUCUAGCAAGGCCAAUGUGUUUCAAGAAGAACAGUCUUCUGAUGUUUAUUUACAUGUUGACAUCGACCACAAUGACUAUCAGUCCCCAUUGCUAAGGGCAGAUGUUGAGCCGAACAUUGUAUCCACUGCUGCUUUAUAUGGGGGAAGUAAUAGCAUUCUUGAUGGCCAGACUAAUAUCAACGACAUUUUAGAGGAGGCUGAGUCUUAUUCCAGUGAUACUAUGUCCAACCCUUCUACUGAUGAAGACCUUCUUGAAGACAUCGAUGUAGAGACCAAUGCUGAAACUAGUUCCAUGGAUGAUACCGAUCGACCAUCUCCCUCAAACUAAGAUGCAAUUAACAAGUGACCACAAAAUGACUUUAAGUUACUAAAGUCUACUGCAGCAUUCGCCGCUACAUGGUUGUAAAGGCCUUGCAAGACUCUGCAUGACUGAUACAUAGCUCACCUAGAUGUCAAGCAAAUAUUUCUAUUGAGAAUGGUGUUCUCUAAGAUCGUGAUUGGUGGAUGUGCAACUCUCUUUGACAAGAAUGAUGGCCUAUGUUCAACUAAUCAUGAUGUGUUCAGAAAUAUUGGGGGUUGUUUAGAAUCUGUAAUAUGAAAUGAUUUCAACUAUAUUCAUGUCAAACUCAAUACUUGGUUCCAAUUGGCACGUUUAAACAUGGUACGCCCUCCAAGUUUAAAGAAUGGUUGAAGAGAAGUUGGCGCCCAUAUUUUUCAAUUAGUUCGAUGGGCUUGGUUUUUAUUUAUUACAAAAAUGAAUAGAUUACCUUAGUUCGGCAAA